CUCAUUUACAGUAACGCCCAAGCAUACGCAUAGAUCAUCGAAUUUUGCUGCUCCCGCGUUGUACUCAUAAAAGCGCGCCUCCGAUCGCCGCCGUGACUGCUCCAGUAGAACGUUUUCUCCGCCGCGCCGGCCGGGGCUCUGCAGGUCAGGUAUCUUAGAUGAAUAAGACGCCGUCGAAACCGGCGGUGUCGACGUCCUCAGUGGCGUCGACGAUCAAAGCCUACGUGGUGCCUCUGAUUCUUUUUUCCGUAGCUGUCUUUUACCAGCUCAUUGUUAUUCCCAUCUCCUUCCCUACAUCUCACUACGACGUUUUGGGAAUCAAGAGGUAUAGCUCCGUUGAUGAAGUGAAAGAAGCGUACGAAAAGCUCUCAGUGAAGUGGGAAUCAGGAAUUGAAGUUCCGGAGACUGUCGACUUUGUAAAGAUUCGAUAUGCUUAUGAGUUGCUAAAAAAUAAUUUUUGGAAACGCAACUAUGAUCUUUUUGGCAUCGACGAACAACAGGGUGUUCUUGAAAAGGUCAAAGUGCAAUAUUCAGGAGAAAAGUUUUCUAAAAUAAGUCUCCCAUUGUUGGAUGAAGUUGCUUUAAAUACCGAAGAUCACAACCUUAAUUUCAUUACCUCCAACGAUAUUCAAUCUGUAUUUAAUGAUGAUAAGCCAUCACUACUUAUGUUGUAUUCACUUGGAAGCAAACUAUGUGAUCAAUUUUCUGAUGUCUGGAAACGAAUUGUUAGUUUGCUGGAUGGAGUUGCUAAUACUGCAGUAGUGGAGCUUGGUCAAGCUCAACUUGCUGCUUACCUUGCAGAGAAAAAGACUACUGGACAACCAUUCUUUAGGAACGGACUACCGUCACUUGUUGCUUUUCCUUCUGGUUGUAAAUCAGCUGAUUGCAUUAUUAGGUUUGUGGGAAAGCUUUCCGCUGAUGAUAUUACAGAUUGGUUUGCAACAACUGUACUGCAUCUACCUCGAAUCCUUUACUACGCAAAGGACUCAUUGGGACAAAAAUUUUUGGCGAAGACUAGUCCCCAUAAGGUCAAAGUUAUUAUUUUCUCAGAAACUGGAGAACGUGCUGCACCAUUCAUACGCCAAACUGCAAAGAACUACUGGGAUCACAUUUCAUUUGCCUUUGUGCUAUGGCGACAAGAAGAUUCAGCUGUCUGGUUGUAUGCGUUUGGGGUGGAAUUUGCGCCUGCUAUUGUUUUCUUGAAAGAUCCAGGAAUGAAACCUAUUGUGUACCAUGGCUCUGUCAACAGUUCCUCGUUUGUACAGCUCGUUGAACAGAAUAAGCAACAAGAGCUUCCUCAAUUAAGAAGCCGGACAUCAAUGGAGCUGGGAUGUGAUGCUCGUGGUUACUCUCGUGCUGGAUCUGACACAUUAACGUGGUACUGUGCUGUUGUAGCUGGAAGGCUGGGUGAAGAACUCAACAAAAUGCGUGAAACAAUGCGCAGGGUUAAAGAUACUUUAACGAGUGACAGUGGAAUUUAUGGAGCUGAUGAAGGCCCAAGCAUAAGUCCAGCUGUAUUUGCCCUGAAAAGCAAACGUUUGUCCUUCACUUGGCUUGACGGUGAAGCCCAGAAGAAAUAUUGUUUCUUUUACAUCAGUUCUGAAUCUAGCUAUGAAACUUGUGGACCAAUGAGAGAUCUCAGUGAUGUGCCUCGAUUAUUUAUUGUGCGGUACAAAAGAGAUGCUACUAAAGACAAGGAGAUAAAGCCAAGAAGUAUGUUCGACACAUCAUCCGAUGAUCUUGAUCAUGCCUCACAACUUGUGGCUCUUUACAAUGGUUCGUCCGAAAUUUCAGAGAUUGUUCAAUGGAUCUCAAAAAUAAUCGAGGAUGGUGAUUCGAGGGAUCUUCCAUAUUAUAGGGUGAAGGCUCCUGAACUUGUUCAUGAAGAUUCAGAACCUAUGCGGUUUGGAAGUGCCGGGAACAGUCUUAUAACAAAUGCGAUGAAGUGGUUUGGGCAGAUUAAAAUUAGAAUCUAUGACCGUCUAGAGGAUCCAAGGAUUGGUCCAGUCUUGUUUCUUGCUUCUUUAUUGUCUUUUGGCACAAUUUGGCUACGCAGGUCUCAACCCACUCCCCCAUCUCGACCACCUACGCAACCAAGCCCCUCAAAUCAACCAACUCAACCAUCCACUAAGGAAGCAAGCAAACCUAGAAAAAGAAACCGAAACCGUGCGAGAACUGCAUCAAAUGCUGACAUACCUCCUUCCAUCACUGAUUUUGAACCUCCAAAUGCUUAUCAGAUGCAACUUCCGGAUUCUGAUUCUGAGUAGGAAAGUCCUGUCAGCCCAUCUGCAUUUUUGACAACCAUCAACCAGUUUAGCCUUCAUCAUAUAUUUGACUUAAUUUUAUACUGCCGGAUUUGUCAUUUAUAUCUCUGUAGCAUUUUAUUUAUCUUCUGUAACUUUCCCGGCUCAUUUAACUUGAGAUAUUGGGUGUUGAUUAGAGCCUGCGAAAUGGUGGAUUCCAGAUCCUUCUGCUGAAUACCCAUCAUGUAUUUGAUUCAAGUAGAACUGGAAAAUGAGCCACCUGUAAGGUUCUGAAUCUUGAUGAUAUGAUUCAAGUGUUGCUUAGUACAUAGUCAUAAAGGAAAAUCAGCAUAAAUUUCAAACUGAAGUUGCUGGUUUUGAAGCUCAA